UAAUAAUAUAUUCACUACUGCUCCCUCUAUUCCAUUACAUUGAUCCCAUGCAAGAUUCUUCUUCCUCCAUCUUCGACUGCACAAUCCUAGAAUUAGAAAUGUCUCUCUUCUUCCUUCUCCUCUUUCUUUUUUUUCCCUCGAUGACCAUCUCGUCCUUCGACGACUUCAAUUCCUUCGUCUACGUUGGCUGCUCGCAGAACAGGUACACCCUCGGAUCCCCCUACCAACUCAACGUCGACUCCCUCCUCACCUCCCUCGCCAACCCUGCUACCUUCUCCUCCUACCACGACUUCACCAGCAACGCCGCCGCCGCCACCCCCGCCUACGGCCUCUUCCAGUGCCGCACCGACCUUCCCACCUCUGACUGCGCCACCUGCGUCCGCUCCGCCCUCGACAAGCUCCCUUCCCUCUGCCCCUACGCGACCUUCGCCGCCGUUCAGCUCAAGGGCUGCUUCGUCCGUUACAGCAACGACUCUUUCAUCGGCAAUCCUGACACCGCCCUCGUCUACAAGAAGUGCGGCGGCAGCGGCUCCGAGAUGGUUGGCUUGCGGGACGCCGCCCUGGGCGGACUCGGCGGUGGUGGAACAGGUGAGUACAGAGUGGGUGCGGCGGGACGGGUUCGGGCGCUGGCACAGUGCGUCGGGGAUCAGGGCGCAAGGGAGUGCAGCGAGUGCGUGGCGGCGGCCGUCGAGCAGGUCAAUGACGCCUGUGGGGCUGCCAAUGCUGGCAACGUAUACCUCGGCAAGUGCUACGUCAGCUACUGGUCCGGUGGAGCUUACGACUCGGAUAGAUCAAGUCACUACCACGGUGAUCAUGUGAGUGCCAAAACAUUGGCAAUUGUUCUCGCUGUCACCGUUGCAGUGGUCAUUGGAAUCGUUAUCUUCUCCAUUAUGAGAAGAAAUGGAAAAUAAUGGUGAUUUCCAACAUUUUUAAUCUCUUAAAAUUUCUAAAAACAUUUUUAAUUUUUGGUAAUUGCCUCGUCUUCCGUACUCUUGCUGUGGCCUAAUUGUUGUUGGACAAAUUGCAACUGCUUUUAACUUUUUUUAAGUGAUGGAGAGUGCUGGUGGCUUUUGAUCUCUUGUAUUUAUAUGCGUAAAGAAUGGCCACUUUGUGAAAAGAAGGAAAUGGGUGGGAAUGUUUCCUUAAACUCAUAGUAAACAGUUUGAAUUACAA